CCUCCCCAGUCACUCCUCGACGACGGCAUCGUCACCACUCCACCUCUCAUCAUGUCUCUCAUCUUGGGCCGCCAGGGCAGCAGCAGCGCCCGCAGCAUCUCCUCCGCCAGCACCAUGAGCAUGAGUGGCGGCAUGGGGAUGUUUGGGGGCAGCCAGGCCCGCAUCUCCAGCGGCAUCUACCAGGGCCGCGCGCCCAGUGUGCACGGGGGCGCCGGAGGCUCCGGCACCCGCAUCUCCCAGGCUAGCACCAUCGUCUCCUAUGGGGGGGCUGCCUACGGCGACAUCAUGGGGGCCAGCGAGAAGACCACCAUGCAGAACCUCAACGACCGCUUGGCCUCCUACCUGGACAAAGUACGCGCUUUGGAGGCCGCCAACAGGAAGUUGGAGAUUCAGAUCAGAGAGUUCUAUGAGAGAAUGUCCCCCAUUGCCAGAGACUUCACCGCCUACUUCGCCACCAUCAACCAACUGCGAGCUCAGAUUGCAAGGAGUUAUGCAGAGAAUCAGGGCGUCAUCCUGCAGAUUGACAAUGCUCAACUGGCUGCCGAUGACUUCAAAAUGAAGUAUGAGGUGGAGAUGAACACGCGUGCAAUGGUGGAGUCUGAUUUGGUUCGUCUCCGGGGGGUCAAGGACAGCAUGAUCGUUACCAUCAGUGACCUGAAAAUGCUGAUCGAGAAUCUGAAGGAACAACUGGCACAACUCAAAAGGAACCACGAGGAGGAGAUGAAUGCAAUGAGGCUCCAAUACACCGGUAAUGUCAACGUAGAGGUGGACAGCGCAUCUGCUGUGGAUCUGUCCAAGAUCCUUCAAGAAGUGAGGGAACAGUACGAAGCUCUGGCGCUGAAGAACAAGCAGGAAUUGGAAAAAUGGUAUCAAGCUAAGAUGGAAUCCCUGCAGACAGAAAUCCGCGGCUACACAACAGAAGUCAAGACCUUUUCCUCCCAACUAUCUGAGCUAAAACGGACUUACCAGAGUUUGGAGAUCACAUACCAGGGCAUCCUUGCCGAGAUCGAAUGCCUCCAUCAGAACCUCGCCGAAACCAAGAUGCGAUACAGUACUCAGCUCAGCCAGCUGCAGUUGACCAUCAAUGCCCUGGAGGUGGAGCUGCAGCAGCUCAAGGUGUCCAUCGAGCAGCAGAAGACGGAAUACAACCUGCUGCUGGACAUCAAGAUGAGGCUGGAGAGGGAGAUCGCUGAGUACCGCCGCCUGCUGGAUGGAGAAUCUUACGAGCAGAAAAAGCCUUUGGUCAUCAGCAAGGUGGUGCAAAUGGAAGAGCACAAGCCUGUCGUAGAGAGGAGAGUGAAAACCAUCGUGGAGGAGAUCAUUGAUGGAAAGGUGGUGUCCACCAGCGUGGACACUCAAAGGCAUUAAAGGCGUCUGCUGAUCAAGAUUGGCCCCUUGAGGUGGUUCCUCGUGAAAGCGACAAUGUGAUCAUAACAGCCUUUGGCCAAUAAAUAAACAUACAACAAACAAACAAA